AUGGCCCCUCAAGCUGCCCCACCUAGCGGCGUCUGGGCACCAACCAUCACUUUCUUCAACCACGAGGACGACACUCUUGAUCUCGAUGCUCAGGAAAAGUACUAUGCAUACUUGUCCAAGUCAGGUCUUCACGGUCUGGUGGUCCUUGGGACCAAUUCAGAAACCUUUCUCAUGACGCGCGAGGAGCGCAAGACACUCCUUGAAACCGCGAGGAGCGCGUGCGGGCCAGAUUACCCCAUCAUGGCUGGUGUCAGUGGCCAUUCGACCAAGCAGACGCUGGAGUUCAUAUCGGAUGCAUAUGAAGCGGGUGCCAACUACUGUCUGCUCCUCCCUCCGGCAUACUUUGGCAAGCAAACCACGCCAGAGGUUAUCAACAACUUCUUUGACCAGGUUGCGAGCAAGAGUCAGCUCCCGAUUGUCAUUUAUAACUUCCCUGCGGUUUGCAACGGCAUUGACCUUGAUUCCGCAACCAUUGCGGCCCUCGCACGGAAACACUCGAACAUUGUCGGCGUCAAACUGACUUGUGGUGCCGUGGCCAAGAUUACCCGUCUCAGCGCCGAGCUUCCGGAAGAAAGCUUUGCGACGUACGGUGGCCAGUCGGACUUCCUGAUUGGAGGCCUGGCUGCCGGUUCGGCCGGCACCAUUGCCGGUUUCGCCAAUGUUUUCCCCCGGACCAUCGUGCACAUCUAUAAUUUGUACAAGGAGGGCAAGUUCCAGGAAGCCAUGAUGCUACACAAGAAGGCGGCGCUGGCUGAGCAACCUUGCAAGGCAGGCAUCGCCGCCGUCAAGUACGCUGCCGCCCUGAACACGGCCAAGGCGGCCGGUAUUGAAGGCGCGGUCGAAAAGUUGAGGCCGAGACAACCGUACGUCGAGCCCUCUGCGGCGGCGAAGAAGGCUAUUGAAGAGCAAACCGCAGAGCUUGCAGAGGUAGAGGCAACUCUGAGAGGAGACGCGAAAGCUGAGCUAGCCAAUGGUUCUACAAAUGGGGCGUAA